AUGGCAACUCGGGCAGAAAGGGAUAAGAAAAAGCAAAAUGAACAGCACCAUCGAAUAUUAACGGACUUGUUACGCGAACAGUGCAAUAAAAUAUGCGCUGAUUGUGAAGCGAAAGGUCCAAGAUGGGCGUCGUGGAAUAUUGGUGCUUUCAUAUGUAUCCGUUGUGCCGGUAUUCAUCGUAACCUCGGUGUUCAUAUUAGCAAGGUGAAAUCGGUAAACUUAGAUUCAUGGACUUCAGAGCAAGUUGCUAAUAUGGUAGAAUGGGGUAACAGGCGUGUCAACAGAUACUACGAAGCGAAUAUACCGUCUACGGCGGCAGAAAAUUUUAUCCGCGCAAAAUAUGUUAGCAAACAGUACGCUGGGCAAAAGUUACCAGAAGAAAAUAAACCAAAGGCUACAAGUAAGACUGGGAAAACUACUAACCAGAAUACUCCAGCUGCUGUAGCGCAACAUAAAUCACGCCAAAGUUCCUCAUCAUCAUCGUCUUCUGUUCAAGAACGACAAUCACCUGCCAAACGAGCAACUCCAGUACAAUCUCAGAGUCCUGCCCCUAAGCCGCAGCAACAGUCCGCAAUUGCUGAUCUUUUGAGCUUAGAUACACCAGUUCAGCAAGCACCAGUUCAACAAUCUCAAGCAAUCCCAUCGCAAAUACCACAACAGCCUCAAAAUCAGCAACAAAAUCUAAUAAGUGAAGCAGCUUUAUUCGGAACAAACGAACAGAAAGCAAGCAUUGAUAAGGACUCUAUUUUAUCUCUGUAUGGUAAAAAUACUCAAACACCAGCCUAUGGUGUUCCAGGUGGUAUAAUAAUGAGUCGGCCGCAAGUCAGUAAUACAAACAUGGUACAACAAGGACCUGGUAUGAUGUAUCAAGGUCAAGGUGGAAUGCAGCAAAUGCAGUAUGGUAACAGGAUGCAACAAUUCCAGCCCAUGUCUCAGGGUAUGGGUCAAGUAAAUCAAAUUACACAAGGUAUGAAUCAAAUGUCCGUAACUGGAGGAGCUGGUUUACCAAAUCAACAAGCUAUGUAUAAUACCCCCUCUGGAGGUGGUAACUUUAAUAUGCCUCAACAAAAUCAAUUUAAUAUGAUGCGACAGCAACAACCAAUGCAACAACAGUUUCAGCAAAAUUUUAUGGGACAAUAUCAGCAAAACCCCACUAUGCAGCAGGCUCCGCUAAUGCAAGGAAAUCAGAGACCACAAGUGUACAAUCAACAAUUUGCAACAAACAACCAGGGUGGUAUGUAUGCUGGAAAUCAGCAAAUGACUCAAGGGCAGACUUUAAACAAUCAACUAUGGAAUUAA